CGUUUUUUCAGCACUUUGACAACUACUUGACGUUUGUUUGACACAUAAAUAUUGAAACUCGCGAGGAUUUUUCCUUAAAAAAUGAGUUUCCGCAUCCUCGAAGCUGUAAAAUCGAAGUUGUUGCAAACCAACGACACAGUUUUACAAACGAUUCGUAAUGCGAGUAAAAAGACUGCUGGCUCGACGAGAAAUCGCAAGUCGAAGACGAAAGGAAAACAUCGCGGAAUAAAAGUUUGGGAUGGCGAAUAUGUUUCACAAGGCUCAAUUUUGGCAAUGCAGUUUAUGCAGAUGAGAUUUCAUCCCGGAUUGAACGUUGGAAUCGGUAAAAAUGGAAAUCUUUUUGCCUUGGAACAUGGUCGAGUUGUGAUGUCUUGUGAGAAAAUCGACCCAAAUUGGGAUCAUACGUUCAUUAAACACAAUUAUGCGGGCAGAGAAGGACAAACCAUCUACAAAAAAGUGUUUAAUAUCAUCCCCUUACCUCAGCAUAAUCGAUUCAAGUUGGUUGAUGAGGUCUAAAAUAGUUUAAAAUUGCAAUAAAAAGCAAAAAUUUAGUUCGUUUGUAAGAUGAA